GGCGAUGAUGACGUCGCCGAGUUCUUUGGGGAUGAUGAUGAUCUGGCUGAUGAAUAUGGCCACGGCGACGUGGCUGAUCUACGUGGCCAAGCUUCAUGGGGAUGAUGAUGAUGUGGCUGAUGGAUAUGUUGAUGAUGACGUGGCUGAUCUACGUGGCCGAGCUUCAUGGGGAUUAUGUUGAUGUUGCUGAUCUACGUCUCUGAUCUUCAUGGCGAUGAUGACGUGACCGAGCUUCACGGGGAUGAUGGAUAUGGCGAUGAUGACAUGGCUGAUCUACUUGGCCGUUUGAGUGGCGAUGAUGACGUGGCCGAUCUACGUGGUGACGUGGCUGAUGUACGUGGCGGUGAUGACAUGGCCGAUCUUCACGGCGAUGGUGGCGAUGUGGCUGAUUUACUACAUGGCGGUGACGAUGUGGGUGAUCGGUGUGCUGACGACGGUGUGGUGACGACGUUUCCAUCUUCGGGUGGUACAGAUGGUAAAAAGCGGAAGAUUGUUGCGAUCUUAAGUCCGAUUCUCAAUGCCGAGGAUGCUGGCGAGUGUGUCCUUCGGGACGAUAUUGCAAUUGAAGUUGGUGUCAACAUAUUAGGCAGAGACUCGAUCUGGAAUAAAAGUGAAGAACGUGAAAGCUCCGGAUCGAAGGCUUUUCUGUGCAUCAGCCGAUGUCACUUCAAGCUGGUGGCGGAAGUAGAUGGGAGUGCAACUCUGGAGUUGGAUGGAGGAGACGAUGGUGUUGUCAGUGCGGAUGGUGAAGUAUUGCCCGUCGAGGUACGGUCGCCAGACUUUGAGGGCGUGGAUCACGGUGAGAAGUUCUGUCUUGUUGGAGGGGUAAUUCAUCUCCGCGGGAAGAAGCUUCUUGCUAGCGAAUGCGAUGGGGUAUUCGCCGGGUGGAGCCUCGGGGAUCGAGAGAACUUGGCGGAGGUGCUAAAGGUGGGACUCGAAGGUGGGGUUGAAGACAAGGAUGUCAUCAAGUUAGACGACGACACAGACUUCGAGGAGGUUGCGGAAGAUGUGGUUCAUGGUAGAUUGGAAGGUAGCGGGGGCAUUGGUGAGUCCGAAUGGCAUCACGAGGAACUCGUAGUGGUCGAACCGAGAGCGGAAGGCGGUCUUGUGGGUGUCCUCCUCGCGGAAACGGAUCUGAUGGAAGCCACUGUGAAGGUUGAUCUUGAGAGUUGGUAUGGAGGGCGGCAAGGUGGAGAAUGUUCGGGUUCCAAAUCGAUGGUAUGGGAUACGCCACGAUCCGGAGGUAGUCCGGCGGGUAAGGACUCAGGAAAGGCGUCCUUGAACUCGUCGAGGAUUGAAGUGAUGGCGGGGUUGGAGGGGGGGGCUUGAUCGGGUAUUUCCGUCAGAAGUAAGUCCUAAGGACUUUCGCGAUCAAGGACAAGAUAGUAGUA